AUGGCUUCGGAAAUUUUAGUCUCCACGGGAACCGAGUUAUCGCAGCAGUUUGAACUUACGGAUAUGGCACGUCAAUACCCAAUGAGAAGCCUGAGGUGUUACCCACGCGUUGUAGAUAGCGCAAUAGUGCAGCAGAUUAGCUCUCAGCAUCACACCAGGAUCAGCAUUACACAGCACCGCACAGUAGCCCACAGUAGCGCACAGAAUCGCACAGCAGCCCAUAGCGCCGAAAAGGACCGGACAGAAGUCACCAUGGCCGCUCAGGACUCCGCGAGGCCGCACAAGAGCAGGCGAGUGCUGAUCGUGGCGUGGGCCGUCAUCUCCACUCUCCUCAACUUCAUCCUCCUGCUUCAAACGCGCGACCCCGAUACAAGCACCGGCAGUUCCGUCAACAGCGACUCGAGCCUGCAAGCCUUCCCCCCGCUGCUCAACUCCCCGCUUUAUCCGCGCGGCCCCGUCCAGGCGCCCGCGGAGGCGGCCUGCUGGCACCGCCAGCGCUACCCCGCCUCGCUCAGGGAGGCGGUGGAGGGGCGCACGGACCCGUGGGCGCUCAUGAAGGCCAUCCCACCCCCAUCCCCAUGCACAGUAGCAGGGCUACAGAUAGAGCAGGUGGAGCCGUACCUCAACUUCCGCCGGGGAUAUGCAUUGCGGCACACAGGGGACGCAGAGGACCGCCUGCACGUGCUGCCGUAUUUCAGAGCGCUGCAAGACCCUGCCAUGGGGAGACGACGGCGUCGAGUGUACCUAGACCUGGGCGGGAAGGAGUUCAACUCGAGUGUGCUGUGGAUGCUGAGGCACUACCCUCUCGACUUCACGGAGGUGCAUGUGUUUGAAGUCAAGAAGGGGCUCUUCCAGCUGCCAGAAAGACAAAAGCAGGACGAUGAGGCCCAAUACCCCGAGAUUCAACCAAGAAAGCGCCUUGAGAAGGUGUCGGUGUUCUGGCGGGGGGACGAGCCUCCUCCAGUGCCCAACUGGAUGGCUGACAGAAUCCAUGUUUAUACCGACUUUGUAGACAACACGGAUUACCAUAAGCAUGUGAACAUCACGCGGUUCAUAAAGGACGUGCUGCGGCUCACAGCAGGAGACACGCUAGUGGUGAAGUUGGACAUAGAGGGCAAGGAGUGGGACGUGCUGCCGGAUUGGCUGCAAGACCCCGACAUGCCACACAUAGUGGACGAGAUAUUCGUCGAGGUGCACUACUCACACCCCUCCGUGCUGGGUUUCGGCUGGCGCCCCUUCAACCACACGAGGGAGCAGGCGACACAACUGCUGGUGGAUUUGAGGGCUAAGGGGUUCUUCAUCCACCCCUGGCCUUGA